AUGGAAAAUUUUUCAGUAAUUCCUAAUGGUUCCACUUCUAGUACCUCAAUACCUAAUAAUAAUGAAGCAGUAGUAACUUCUGGUACCUCAAUGCCUAAUAAUAAUGAAGCAGUAGUAACUUCCAGUACCUUAACAUCUAAUAAUAAUGAAGCAGUAGUAACUUCCAGUACCUUAACACCUAAUAAUAAUGAAGUAGUAGUAAUUGGUAAUAUGUAUAAUACUAGAAAGAAUUGGAUAGAGAUAACAGGUGAUGAUAAUAAAAAAUAUUGGAAAUGCAUACAUUGUCAUGAAAAGACUUAUGCAAUAAAAACUAGUAGAACACAUUUAAAAAACCAUACCAUGAUAUGUCCUAAUUCUCCAUUAGGUGAAACUCCAAAUGAAGGGUUCAAACCAGUUACUAAAGAAGACGUGGAUAAUUCAAUAGUAGACUUGGUUGUUGUAACAGGAAUGCCCUUCAAUAUACUCAUUAAUCUAUUUUUUCUUAAAAUGACUAAAAAUCUUUGCUAUGCUACAUAUUUAUAUAAAAUCCCACAUCCAACUACAAUAUCACAACACCUUACAGGCAAUAUAUUUGAUUUGAGAUUAAAUUUUGUUAUGAAUAUAUUGGCCAAAACUUCUGGACAAAUUUUACUUACCUGUGAUGGAUAG